AUUUCUGUUCCCUGAAAAUGAACUCCAGAUUGUUUCCAUUUCGUCCUUUACACCUUUCUCUGGCUUUUAUGCUCCUCAUGCUGCUGAAUUCUUCCCCUGCUUCCUCUGCUUUUUAUGGAGAAUGGUUCUUGAACUGCAAUGAUCCGUUGAAGUGCGAGAGUAUUGGUACGCUGGAAUUUCCUCUCUGGAGAAAUAACCGAACAGGAACUUGUAGUUAUCCUGAGACAAUGAAGGUCAAUUGCGAUGGAAGCCGCGGCACAACCAUAGAAAUUUUGGGAGCGGAAUACGAGCUCCUGAGUUUUAAUACCAAUGAUCAAAUUCUUAUAAUAGGUGAAAUCGACUUUUCAGAUGGAUUUUGUUCGAAAAAUAUUUCAAGUUACAUCUAUGGGAUCAUACCUCUGUACUAUUACUGCCAAAUCCCAGACAAAAGUACUUGUUCUGUAACUCAAUUUAGUUACAUGCCAUUUCAAAACAUAACUGCUAUUGCUGAUGCAUAUUGUAUGAUGAGUGCAAUAGUGCUAAUUUCGCCAAUGUGGUUAAAUGAACUUGGUGGUCUGCAAAAUGUAGCGCGGCGUAUCAGAGAACAGUUUGAUUCCGAUCUGAAGGUUGAUGCUCAAGCAUGUAGAAGCUGCAGUGUUUCUGGUGGUAUCUUUGGCUAUGAGGACUCCAUAAACUAUAAUCCUUUUUUUUUCAGUCAAGCAAAAUGCUUCUGCAAAUCUUCUUCUAAUGGUUUUGAACUCUGUUCUUCCUCACGGGUUGCAGCACCAGCAACAUCUCCAUCCGGAUCCGGAAAGUCAAAAUCGCUCAAGAAAAUAUUUAUCAUAGUUGCAAUUUCUUCAGGAAGCAUCAUUCUGGUAAUCUCCAUCAUCAUCUUCACCUGCUACGCAAGAAAAAGCAUCUCAAGCAAGGAUGAAAUCGACGAGAUCAUCAAAAGAUACUCCAUACACACCCCGAAGCGAUACAGUUACUCAAAGCUGAAGAAAAUUACAUGCUCCUUCAAGAACAAGCUUGGACAAGGAGGAUUUAGCACUGUCUACAAAGGAAAGUUAUCAGAUGGUCAUGAUGUGGCCGUGAAACUUUUGAAUGACAAAGAGAACAGCCAAGACUUCAUGAACGAAGUUAUUAGCAUCACCAGAACUUCGCACGUAAACAUAGCCACGCUCUUGGGUUUCUGCUACGAGCGCAACAAAAGAGCUCUAAUUUAUGAGUAUAUGCCAAAAGGGUCAUUAGAAAAGUAUAUAUUUAACAAAAGGUUGCAAAAAAAUGAGGUGGUGUUGGAUUGGAACACGUUAUACAGCAUCAUAAUCGGUGUGGCUCGAGGGUUAGAGUACUUACAUCGUGGCUGCAACACAAGGAUUUUGCAUUUUGACAUAAAACCACACAACAUUCUUCUGGACAAGAACUUCUGCCCCAAGAUCUCAGACUUUGGACUUGCCAAGCAAUGCAAGGCCAAAGAGAGUCACGUAUCGAUGACAGGUGUAAAGGGGACGGCAGGAUUCAUGGCACCGGAAGUGAUAUUUAAAAAUUAUGGGAAGGUUUCCCACAAGGCUGAUGUUUAUAGCUACGGAAUGCUGGUAACUGAAAUGGUGGGUGAAAGAAAGAAUCGUCGGAAUGAAGGAGUGGAGGAGAGCAGUGAAGAGUAUUUUCCUGAUUGGAUAUACAAUGAUCUAAAAGAUGGAGGGCUGUGGUGGGGGAACACAGAGGAAGAAGAAGAAAUGGCAAGAAAAAUAAUUAUUGUGGGGUUGCAUUGUAUUCAGACAUUGCCAGACGAUAGGCCAUCGAUGAGUGAUGUGGUGGCUAUGUUGGAAGGGAGUGGUGAUGGCUUACAAAUUCCGCCCAAACCGACCUUGUUUGGACCUCCUACAACUUCAACUACGCUGCCCCAUCCUUCUUCUUCUUUCUCUUAUUCUUCAUCAACCUCGUCUUUAUGACUAAUUUAUACCAAAUACCAAUUAGCUUGCUUUCUUCCUUUUUUCUUUUCUAUCUUGUAGUCGAAUUGGAUCCUUUCCCCUGUUUUUCUUUUUUAUUCUGUGUUGAAUAUUUCAUUUCCUACAAGUCUUAAUUCAUGUUGCCUUUGGUGGGAGGAAAGGAAGUCUCCUAUUUUGCUGUAGAAAGUAGAUUUUUGCAAUUGAAUUAUCGUUUUUCUGAUCA